CAAACGCAGAGAACUAUUCCUUCCCAAACAAUAUCUGGGCCAGGUACAUCUGUGUGUACUAUGUUAUAUCUUCAACGAAAUAUAUAAAUUCACCAGUGAUGAGUUGUUCCAUGCUCGUCGAGGCUACCUCUUCCACCAUCGAAGACGAUUUAUACACAUUUAAAGAAGACCCUGAGUCUCCGGUUGCAGGUUCGCCAGAGGCACAGGCGGAUAGCGCAGGCGCAGGCGGGAAGGCUGCUGCCCCGUGCAAGGUGUGCGGGGACAAGGCUUCCGGCUACCACUACGGCGUCACUUCGUGCGAGGGCUGCAAGGGUUUCUUUCGGAGGAGCAUUCAGAAGCAGAUCGAGUACCGUUGCCUGCGAGACGGCAAGUGUCUUGUGAUCCGACUGAACAGGAACCGCUGCCAGUUCUGCAGGUUCAAAAAGUGCCUUGCGGUUGGCAUGAGCAGAGACUCCGUCCGGUACGGAAGAGUCCCUAAGCGUCGCGAAGUGUCGAGCCCCGAGAGCAUGGCAGAUCUGGCUAAGAACCUGGCGGCCAACCCUGAGCCCCCACCGGUGGCUGGUGCCGCAGCCGAGGAGCCUGAGGUGGACGCGCUGGAGGCCUCCAAGGACCUCGCCAAGAUGGUGAUCCUCGCGCACCGCAACUUGAACUCGUUCGGCGAGGACUUCCGCCGCUCGCUGCAAUUGCAGACUUUCAUCUUGAAAGUUGAAGAAGAUCGGGACGGCCAAGCCGGAGGCAGCAAUGAUGGACAAGCCGCCGGAGGAUCGAACGAGCCCCACGUUGCUCACGCCGGCAAUGCCCACGGGGCCAACGGUGGGAACGGCAUGAACGCCGCAGCCGCCAUCGCCGCUGCCAACCGAUUUGAGACUCUCACCGUGCUGUGGUGCAACGUGGCCUACCGCAUGACUCCCGCUGUCCAACAGGUCGUCGAAUUCGCUAAGCGCUUACCAGGAUUUCAUAUCCUGCCGCAAGACGACCAGCUCAUUCUGAUCAAGCUGGGAUUCUUCGAGGUGUGGCUGACCCGCGCUACUCGCAUCUCCACUCCAUCUGCUAUCGUCUUCGAUGACGGAACUUCGCUGAGCCAUCGCCAACUUGAGCUCAUGUACGAUACUCACUUCGCCUCCGGGAUCCUGUCGUACGUCCGCGCCGUGAUCCGUAUGGACAUGACCGAGGAUGAAGCAGCCAUGUUCACGGCCAGCCUGUUAGUGUCGUCUGACCGCUGCGGCCUGAGCGAGCGUGACCGCGUGGAGACGCUCGUCCGUAAUGUGAACGACGCAUUUAUUUAUGUGCUGUCGGAAAACGGGACCAAGGACGUGGCGACCCGCAUGGAGGCGUUCAACUCGCUGGCUCAGGAAGUGCGUAUGCUCGGCGACCGCCACCACGACCUGCUGAGCUGGUGCCGCAUCAACUGGCGUCGUCUCGACUUGCCGGCACUGUUCUCUGAGAUCUUCGACAUUCCCAAGAACGACGAAGAUUUCUUCGACCCGGAGCGCGCCAGCACCUCCGUUUAAACAACGCAACAUAUAACCCCCAAUAAAUAGCAGUAGAAACAUGAUUAUUGGUCAUUAUUUCCGCAGUUACGAACCACAUUACCGCUUCUUAAACGCACUCUGGUAGAUUUACUCAAGUCGUUGCUCCUAUCUAUUCGAAUAUAGUAAUGCAAGCGACGUCGAGAUUUAAGUGUACGACUAGUGUACUUCUUGUAGCUUUUCAACUCAAUAUUCUUUGUUAGAAAAGCACUUUGAAACAUUAUUUAUCGUAAUUAUUAAUGUAGAGCGUCAUAUCAUAAUCCAUGACGUAUAUUAGUCCUAGAUUCCGAGUUGGUAUAUCUCAAUACGUAAAUCAUAAUAUAAUCGUAGUUAUAGUGCAUAGGUACUGAAAACGUACGUCGGUGAUACUUCCCGUUCGGUUUUUAUAACCCCCCGAGAUACAUAUUUAACAGGCCAAGUUGAAUUUCAUGCGAAGACCCGAAGUUCGAAUUAACAUAUGGGAGUUGAGUCUGACGUACGAGAUCAGUUAUAAAUGUAAUCUCACUGCAUUUGUGGAUUUAUGUGUAAAUUAAAUCGCUUUCGCUCCGGUAAAUUACUUAGUUUCCUAUUCGUGAUUUAUUAUAUUUAGUUAGAACUAUUGUUAACUUUUAGUUUGGAGGAAUGUGAUACGAUGAGAGGUCAGCAUCAGAUGUACGAACCCAGUAGGUAUACGACUAACGUGGAAGUGACUGAUUCGGUAUAGUUAUUAACAUUGGAUGCAUUGCAUAUAGCUCUAUCAUUUGUUUUUAUACAUAUCAGAGUUCAAUUAUUAAUCAUUAUUAGUUUUAAGAAUUUUUAUUACACCUUUUUUUGCUCAACUUCAAUUAGAAUUUAUAAAAUGCGUUACUUUCAGCAUCUUAUAAAAGGUUUAUUAUAUAUUAUUUUUCAAAUAUUUUUGUUGUAAAUUUGAUAUCUCUUAUAUUAUGUAGUAUGAUUAGUUUGCUGAAUUUGUAUUCCUACAAGUGAUGAGAUCAUUUGGGAUACAAGUAUGUAUAUUAGUUUAGUUUUUGGGGUGUGAUUAUUGCGGGUUGGAUGAGGGUGCUAUGCGAGUGCUACUCAUGCGCGAGUGUAGACUGAAGCGCCGUUACAAUAAUUUAAAUGCAUUUAUUAUAUCCUAAUUUCUUAGUCAAGUUUAAUAUUAUUUGCUUGCAAUUCUUGUUUAUUGUUAUUUGUUUACAAACUCUGUGACGUCUUAGUUUCGUUUAUGUCUUUAGAUUUAGUUACUUAUUUCUUGUUAUAUUAAUUUGCCUAAAUUUUAAAUAAAUAAAUUGGUUUUAUCGAUAUA